AUGCUUCUAACAAUUUCAAGUGAAAAGAAAUCAAAAUUUUCUAUAUCAAAAGUAUGUCAACAAGGUACUGAUGAAAUAUUAAAUUAGACAAACAAAGAGAAAAUGCCUGACGAAGAAUUAAGAUAGAAAUUCAUAGCACAAGCAUUCAAAUACGUUGGAGUUCCCUAUCAUAGUAGAUAUCAUGAUGAAACUUCUCCACACUACAAUGCUCCUCUGUAUCUAGAUUGUUCUGGACUGAUCAGAUAAGUAAUUUAUGAUCUAAGAGAAUACUUUGGAUUCACUUUAGGAAAAUGGAAUUAAGCAUACUAAUAUGAUUUACUUGAUAAGGAGAUUGAGUUUUAAGACUUGAAACCUGGGGAUCUAAUAUUUCUCUCUGGAACUUACUAUGACAAAUCUUGCAGAGCUUUCCAACAUAAUAUUGUUCAUGUUGAAAUUUAUCUAGGAGGUGAAAGAACUAUUGCUGCAAGAUGGUAAAAAGGUGCAAUUCAAGAAUUUGAAACAUACAAAUUUGAAUCACAAAAUUACUAUGAUAUUAAAUAUCAUUAUAAAUCCAUACAACCUUGGUUAGAGGGAAAAUGUGAAAGCUUUUGUGCUGAACAUCCUUGGAGAGAUGAUAGAAAUAUAUGGGUUAGUGAUAAAUACUCAGUAUUUGCUAAGAAUUUACAAUAAGUAUUGCCUGCUGAUUUUGUACAUAAGCAAAGGGUGUAUGUUGGAUAAGGUAACAAUGCAGAAUUAAUUAAAUCCUAUUUCAGAAACUAGAAUUAUGAAUUAAUGGAUACUGUUUAAGAUGCGUUUAAAAAUGAUUAUUUUAUCAAGUGGGUCUAAUGUCCUUAAAGCAUAAAUUAUUAUGAAUUCAAACCAGGCUAAUAGAUUAUCAAUCAUAUACCUAAAGCAUCUCAUAAUUUAGGGCUCAAAAUAUCCAUGUUGGAAUUGUUGAGAGAAAAUUAGUGUGAGGAUGUUUUGCCUAAGACUUUUAGAUUAAAUCAAAUCACUGAAGUUAUUGAAUUUCUGAAGGACAAUGAAGAAGGUAUUUGGAUAUUGAAACCAUAUAAUUUGAACUGUGGCAGAGGAAUCAAAUUCAUAAGUGAUAUUGCCAGAUUUAAGUAGGAUCUACACCAGAAAAGAUAAUAUCAGAUCGGAGACUAUUAUAAAGUGUAUGUUGAAAACGAAAGGAAUAAAUUAAAAUAAGAAAUUCAAGAUCAUUUGGGAAUCAAAGAAAAUGUUGACCCAGAACAAUAAUUAAAAUAUGAUGAUAUUAAUCCAAUGUCCAUCAUAUAAAAAUAUAUUGAAAAACCCCUUUUGUUGGAUGGUAGAAAAUUUGAUAUUAGAUGUUAUGCUCUGAUAGCUUAAGUGAAACCAUAUACAGUACUCUUUCAUCACGGAUAUGCUAGAUUGAGUAUUUUUGAGUACACAUUGGAUGACAUUGAAAAUGAAUAGAAUAAAAUUAUACAUCUCACCAAUAAUGCAAUCUAAAAAACUCAUCCAACAUAUAAAGAGAAAAAAGAAAGUUCCAUAUGGACUAUGGAUCAUUUAGAGCAAUAUUUACAAGACUUUUAUCAUUAUUAAGUAGAUCAGAUUAAAUCAAUUAGAGAAUAAAUUAAACAAAUUUCUCAUAGAAUCUUUAAUGCUGGAUAGAAAAAGAUCCAAGCUGGAGGACAAAAAGGAGAAUUUGAAUUAUUUGGGCUUGAUUUUAUCAUAGACGCAAACCUUAAAGUUUACUUUUUAGAGGCUAAUAUAAAUCCAGCACUUUUUACUGAAAAUCCCAAUCUUAAAUAGAUUAUCCCUUCAGUUGUUGAAUAAACUUUAGACAUAAUUUUAGCAAUUUAAAAUAAUCAUUAAUAUUAGUUGGGAACAUUUGAAGAAUUAAUAAUUGAAUGA